AUGAGCAAACCGCUCCUCGAACGUAGUAAUAUGUGUGGUCACACUCGCGAGCAGCGAAUGUUACAUGGUACCUGGUGCACCCUAGAAUUGCAGAAAGCCGUCGAGAAGGGGUACCAAAUUAUCAAGAUCCAUGAAGUCUGGCAUUUUACACCAGAGAACCGCUGCACUGGUCUGUUUGCCGAUUAUGUGAACACCUGGCUGAAGCUAAAACAGGAGAGCGCUGGUUGGCCCGCAGGUGUUGAAACCCCAGAACAGAAAGCUGCCUAUAUCCGAGACUACAAGAAACACGAGGGGAUUAAACUGGAGCAUGUCACAGAAAAUCCGGGCCGAAAAUCGAUUGCGAAGAUGCUUUUGAACAGGUGACUGGUUAUGUUAAAAUCUUUCACGAUGAAAAAUGUCUUAGUUACAGUAAAAGUCUGCACAUUUUAAAUUUAACUUGCAGUGUUUUUCCGCAUUUUUCAGUUUGCGAAAUGAUUUAUACUGCGCAAACGUAGAUGCACGCUACAAAUCAAAAAUUACAGUGUUUUGUAUGAGAAAUAUGUGUAAAAAAGUCUGCACUUAAGAAAAAUUAUUUGCAGUGUUUUUCCGCAUUUUUCAGUUUGCGAAAUGUUUUAUACAGUGCAAUGGUCAAUGCGCAGUCGAAAUCAAAAAUUAUAAUCUGCGGACCACCAAGGAAACAAUAACAAAUGUAUAUUUUUUAUUCUAUCUUUCAGUUUAUGGGGCAAAUUUGGCGAACGUCAAAAUAAACCGAUGACCCAUUGCAUCACGCAGCCUGCUCAUUUGUUCAGGAUCCUGGAUGACAAAACCUUUGAAAUUUCUGCCAUGCGUAUCUGUUCCCAAGACGUGAUGGAAAUCGUCACUACCAUCGCGGAAGAAGAAUAUGAACGGAGCUUUAAAACAAACGUGUUCGUCGCGGCCUUCACGACAUCUCUGGCUCGCCUUAAGCUGUAUGAAGCCCUUGAUUUUUUAGGUGACCGAGCUUUGUAUUACAAUACAGACUCGGUCAUCUACAAAACCAAACCUGGUCAGGAAAAACUGCCACUGGGUCCAUACCUCGGACAGUUUACAGAUGAACUUGGCGGUGACUUUAUCGUGGAAUUUUGCAGUGGUGGUGCCAAGAAUUACGGCUAUCUUACCAAGAAAGGCAAAGUGGAAUGUAAGGUACGCGGGUUCACCCUUAAUUAUGAGACACUCCAGAUUCUCAAUUACUACACAAUGCGGGAUAAUAUCCUGAGAGAAUUGAAUCAGCCCCUGCAGCAGCGGCGAGAAAUGGCCAUUACGAUUCCUGAUUUCUUUGCCUGA